GAAGCCCACCUUCCGGGGAAAGGUCUGGAUAUGAAUACGCAAUGUCGCACUCAAUGCAUCCAGCUCUUAAUCGCCGUACCUUCCCGUUGCAGCUUCUCGCGCCGCGAACUUUAUCUUCUUGAGACCUCUCGUGCGGGGUCAGAGUCAAGUCUCGAGGCCAGCACCUGAGGCGAUCCUGAGAGAGACUUUGGGUAUGCGACCUGGCCAAUCGUUCUGCUAUAUAUGAUGCGCGACUCGCUUUCUAGUGCACGUUCUGCAAGGCAAAGAGUGAGAUGAGACAGAAGGAGAGACUGGUAAGGAAGUGAGUGAGUCUGCGCUGGACCUGCAAGGAGAGACUGCGUCGGGUAGAAAGGCGCUCAGCGCAAGCAGAAGAAGGGAAGCUGGGAAGAAAGGGAGGUGGUGAUGUUCGCGAUGGGCGGUUGCUCAUGCCAUUGUGAGCAUGUGCUUGUGGAGCAUCAAGAUGCCGGCGGAAGCGGAGGAGCUGAUCUUAACACAGACAUCACAGGGUAUCCAAGGGGGUUUAAGAGCGCAACGAACGGCGGUUGGAUGCGUGUUUGGUGAUGGUCAGGGCGGUGCCUCGAAGCAUGAGGUGCAGCAUGCGCGUCAAUGGCGGGCGUCUACAGGCAAUCAGCGCAUCGCCGGUCCCACUGUCCACUGCAGCUCUGCCGAUGCGAGCACGACGGGUGCAGUGCUGAACGACCACCCUGAGGUCCCGGUGGUCAAGUAUCGCAACAUCCUGCUUCCGAGCGGCAUUGAAACGACCCCCAACAUACCGGCGCGACGCCGGACUCAUAGCCACCACUCCGGAACCUCCCAAACCUUCGGUGGAGGGUGCUGCUCUGCAUCUGUGUCUCCCAGCUCAAUGGUGGCACGCGACACCGCGACGGCGUUGGAUAGACUGUCAACACUAUACACUGGCCAUGUGAUUCGCACCAGAGUUUCCCCCGCUGCCGUCCCACGUGAAGCGUCCUCUGGAAAUCCCGAGUACCAGGCAUGCAUUGGUGUCGUGCAUGAAUUUGCAUGUUUUGACGUUUCAUGGAUACAGACAGCUGAGUGGCUCUGUCGCAAGGCACCCUCAGUAGCAACAAGGACAGCCCGGCAGCAUUGA